AUGAAUGUCGACUAUUUUGCUCUAAAUGAAGAGGAUUUUAUCAAUGAAUCAACAUCAAAUAAUGACGAUACUUUUAAUGAAUAUUCAUCUGACCCAGACUUAAAUGUUUCAACUAUAACAAAAAAGUACAAUGUUUCAAUGUCAAAUAAUAAUGAAUACGUAAAAAAAACCGAGAAAAAAAAUUUACAAUGUUCUGUUUGUGGAGCAAGAGCAUUUGGAUACAAUUUUGAUCGAAUUACAUGCGAAAGUUGUAAAGCUUUUUUUCGACGAAAUGCUCUGAGGAAUAUGACGGAAUUGCAAUGUCGAUUUGGUGGAAAUUGUGCUAUAACAAUAGAAAAUCGACGACAUUGUACACAUUGUCGCAUUAAAAAAUGUUUUGCUGUUGGUAUGAGAAAAGAAUGGAUCCGUGACGACAAAGAUAAAAAUAAAAAACAUAAUCCAUUUGGAAAACAUCGAAACAUUAAACAAACAAAACGAGGACUACAGAUAUCAAUAUUGAGACAACCAGAAAAUUUUAAUUCAUCAACAGCAUUAUGUUCAAUAGAUCGAAUACGUCUUAAUAAUAUAACUCAUUGUUAUGAUAUAUAUACCGGUGAACCAAGUAUAGUCAAAUAUUCUGCACCACAAGAAGUUCUUUCAUUACGUUUACAUGAUUUUUACAAUCGUAAAAAGCCAAUAAUAAUUAAUUUCAUAAGUUAUUUUAAACAUUUGCCUGAAUUUCAACAACUGAAUAUUGAUGAUCAAGUAUCAUUAAUAAAACGAAAUAUUCGUAUAUUAUUACCAAUUAAUUAUGCUUUAUUAAAAACACCCACCCAUUCACAAUUUCGUUAUACACACAUUCAAACAAUUGGUUGUGUUAAUAAUAUAAAUUUACAUACAAUGUAUCAAUUUCUAUCAAAUAAUUUUGUUCCAUUUGUUACAUUUGAUCCAAUUAUAACGAAGUUAUUUUUAAUUACUUUAUUUCUUACAACAAAUUUACUAACAACACAUAGUGAUACUAUGGAAUAUAAACAAAUAGAAUAUAUCAAAGGAGUGCAAUCUAAUUAUAUUGAAUUAUUAUGGUCAUAUAUGAUUGAAAAAUAUGGUAAACAAAAUGCAGUAAACUUAUUUACAAAAUUUAUCACAAAAUUUAUAAAUUUACAAAAAACAAUUGAUCAAAUCGAUUCAAUCAUUCGUUUAAAUAAUGAUAUUCAAUAUGUAGAUUCACUUAUUAAAGUUAUUUUACAAUUGACAUAA